GUGAGAGGUGACCGUUUGUCAGAGGCCGAUGGGGAGGAGGAGGUUCCUGCUACCGGUCUCGUUCACAGCCGAACAAACGCUGGAGCUUAGCUCUGUGACGAGCGGCUUGCCGGCUCCAGGCCGAUUUCCCGGUCGGUCUCGAUUUGUCGCUCGGCGGUAGCGACACGCGGCACGGGCGCGCCGGUUGUUUUGUUCCUGAGCGCGGGAGAAAGCGGCGCGCGGCACAGGGUCAUGGAUUUUCCAGGCCACUUUGAACAAGUCUUCCAGCAGCUGAACUAUCAGCGGCUUCACGGACAGCUCUGUGACUGUGUGAUUGUUGUCGGGAGCCGUCAUUUCAAAGCUCAUCGCUCUGUGCUUGCAGCAUGCAGCACCCACUUCCGUGCUCUCUUUACUGUCCCAGAGAGUGAUCAAUCACUGAACAUGGUUCAGCUGGACAGUGAAGUGGUUACAGCAGAGGCUUUUGCAGCCCUUGUUGAAAUGAUGUACACGUCCACGCUUAUGCUAGGAGAGAGUAACGUUAUGGAUGUGCUGCUGGCAGCUUCCCACCUCCACCUUAAUUCUGUUGUGAAGGCUUGCAAACAUUACUUAACUACCAGGACUGUACCUAUGUCUCCUACAAGUGAAAGGCUACAGGAGCAAAAUGCUCGUAUGCAGAGGUCCUUUCUACUUCAGCAGCUGGGUUUGAGCUUAGUAAGCUCUGCUCUCAGCUCCAGCCAGGCAAUGGAUGAGCAAGUCAACGUGAACUCAUCACUCCGCCAUCACUUGGAGGAUCAGUCAACUGCGUUUCCUGUCCAGCGAUUGCAGAAAAGGAAGGCCAUUCCUGAUGAAAGAUCAAAGAAAAGGAUGAGACCUUCCGUGGAUGAGUCUAUCAUCACUGAGGAAACAUCGGAUAAUGGACAAGCUGUGGUGCAUACAUGUGAGGAACUCUUUACACCAGACUCCCUGAAGCUGGGGGAUGGCUCGAAAGCCGAUGCAACUGUUGAAAACAAUGUGGAAGGUGCUAUCAUAUUUGAACAGGCCUUUAGCACACCAGAAGAUAAUCAGGUGCCCAGUCAGUCAGAUAACAGUGGAGUUGGUCAUUCACAAGCAUCCAUGGCUUCUCAAGCGACUCACAUUGAAACUGCUUUUAGUCAAGACUCUGCUAACGAGAAAUCGGAUUUUCACUCUGAGACCGCAGAACUUCACGUGAAUGGAAAUGAGGAGCAGGUCCGAAUUGUUGUGAAAGCUGAACCAUUAAGCUCACCUGAUCCUCAAGAUGAGGCAAGUGAUGUUGCCUCACAGGCUGAAGGUAGCGAAUCGGUGGAGGUGGAAGGAGGAAUGCCUGGUGCAGAAAAGCUAGAGCUUAGCCCAGAGAGUAGUGACCGGAGUUUCUCUGAUCCUCAGUCUAGUACUGACAGGGUCACGGACAUACAUAUGCUAGAAUCGGCAAACACUGACUCAAAAGCUCCCUUUCAUAUUUCCACCUUUUUAAACAAGAACCGAACAAACAGCUACAGUGGGGGCCAGAAUGCUGAUGAUAACAUUCCGAACACAACGAGCGAUGGCAGAAUAGAAAGUGAAGCUACUUAUUUAAUGAGCCCGGUGUCCGGGGUUUCAGCUGGUGCCAACUCUGCAAUAGUGGCAGCUCGAAUGGAAAAUCCGUUUAAUGAUAGUCCUGAUGCUCAUUUUAUGCGACCUAUGCAUGACUUGCUGGGCCUAUCCUGUGGCCAAUCCACCGGGUACAAAACCGGAGGAGAGCCAUUCAGAUUAGACUUUCCUAGGCCCAGUUCUGGAUUGCAUUCACUAUCCAGACAAUCUAUCAUUUCAUCGCGAGGAGGAGCCAGUAAUUUCCCAGGUUAUCGUCGUAUUGCCCCAAAAAUGCCCAUUGUGACCUCAGUUGGAGAUGGAAGCUCUGGUUCCCAGGACACUGGCUCUAAUUCCCAGAUCAGAAUGUUGAACAGUACCUCUUCUGCUUUUGAAAAUAAUCAUUCUUUGCAGUCAGGCCCUCCCCAGUUGACACGGGCAUCUGCAGAUGUACUUUCAAAGUGUAAGAAAGCCAUGUCGGAACACAAUGUUUUGGUGGUGGAAGGUGCCCGUAAGUAUGCCUGUAAAAUUUGCUGCAAGACCUUUUUAACAUUAACGGAUUGCAAGAAACACAUCCGUGUUCACACAGGAGAAAAGCCCUAUGCAUGUUUAAAAUGCGGGAAAAGAUUCAGUCAGUCAAGCCACUUGUACAAGCAUUCCAAAACAACCUGCUUGAGAUGGCAUGGCAGCAGCUUGCCAAGUACUCUGCUUUGAGAUUAGACUUUCAGCACGAUUCAUCAUUCUAAAGAGUGAUGAUUUUUUUUUUUAAAUUGCUUGUAAAAUUAAAGAUGAAAAGACUUUUGACUGACUAUCUAGCAGUGUCCAUAAGGUGCUGAGUCCAGGACAAAUUAAAUUUUGUAGAAUUUAGCAACUGUAUAUAUGUACUGCACUUUUAUAUGCUCUUAAGCUGUUUUGUUUCAGUAGUUGCACACUAAAGCAAAUCUGCUAAGUGAUUAGUACAGAAUUGUGUCUGUUUGUGUAUCUUUCAAAAGUUUAGCUUGUGUUUUAUCUCUUGAAGGUAUUUAAAUUAAAGAAGGAACUAGUAAGCUGAGUUUGUCAACCGUUGGGAAUCUAUAUUUGUGUUUGGGGGGUGGGUGGGAGCACUGGUCAAAAUUUGAACUUCAUCACCUACUAUUGAACAAGCCUUUAAUAACCACACCACCUUGUGCUGGAGGACUGCAGGAGAAAUACAUCACUGUUCAGAAACCUUCUGAUGGUUCAAUUCUGUAAAUGAUAUUCUGGUACUAUCUAGAACCAUCGUCAGCACUAGUAGAAAUGUUAGAUGGAACAUCCAAAAAGAGGAAAUUUUGCAAAAUUAAGAUAAUAAAUGAAGAGAACCACCUUCGGAAAGAAAUUAGAAGUGAAAUGAACCCAGUUCUGCUUGGGGUUUUGUUUGACAGCACAAAGUUGUCCAGAAUUUGUCACUGUCUUCUAUAAUGGUGUUGGAGAGAAUACUUGUAGAACCUGGGGAGCUCCAUGUUGCAUUUAUCCCAUGCUGUAUAUGUCUUGUAAGUACAAGGUAUAUCAUUUACAGCAAGCACAGUCUGACCAAACAGAAGGGCAAGUAACAUACAUACAUAGGUGUUUUUCUAGACUGGAUUACAGGUUUGUACUGAUGACACAUACAUUAACUUUCUCCAUGAGUCAAUGGUUUCCUGGUUUUCUAGCUCUUGCUACUGAUCAAGUUCCCUGAUUCCAUGGUUGAUCCCACUGCUUUAAAGCUCCUACCCCUCAUUGACUUUAGGUUUGUCAUAUGACACACUCCCUCCCAAUAUGCCAGACAGUUGUGGACAAGAUGCUGCUUUAUGGAUCAGUCUGUCAUGAAUGACCUGAGCUUGUGAUACUGGGUGCAGGCAGGUAAAAUAUUUCCCAUUUCUAUCUACAUUUUACAAGAGAAUUUUAAAAGACAAUUUCCAGUCAAUGUAACCAAAUCAGUCCGACUUUGUUUUUAAAAGAACAAUAUUAAAACUGGAGAAAAUCAGCCUGUCAGAAACAAAACUAAAUAAACAAGCUUUAGUGUAUAAAUUAGACUUUUAAGGCAAUACUUUUGUUUAAGAUAGUGACAGCGCAGUCAGUUAUACAGUAUACUUUUGGUCUGGAAUAUUUAUUCAUAAUUUCAAAUGCAGCAGUUUUCCAGGAUAUUACAUCAAAUUUAUGGAUGUCAAUGCGGUAUUUGCAGAUUUCUAAAAACUAUGGUUCUGUUGAAGAUUGGCAUUAAUUAAGUGCACAGCACUUUCUGAAAAUAAAGGGCGGUGUACGAACAUUUAAAAUGUCUUUUAACCACAAGUAACUAAAGGAAAAACUUUAAAUUUAUUUAAAGAGUCCCCUUAAGUUUUUUUUUAAACAAGUAUUCUUACUAUUCAGUAUUUAGAUAUGGAGACUGAGGACCCGGUUGAUUAGCAGUACCUAUCUAAAGCCCCAUCGAAAAUUUCAGCUGUAUGGAUCCUCUGCCAAAAGUUAUUAAAAUCUGAAGCAACGUGAAAGGUGUAUUUAUUAUACUAGAGUGUGUGAAGAGUCUUAUGCUACUAGUUAUCCUGACUUGAGAUUGAUAUGCCAAAAAUUGCUAUGGAAUAGGACUAAAAGAAUAAUGGUGAAAACACUGUCAAAGUAUACUGUGUAGUAAAAAGUAAUUUUGUACAGUAUGAAUACUGUCUUUGUAAAAGGUCAAUAUACUGUAUAAUGAAUAAAAGUUCAUGUCCAGCAAAA